GACAGCCAUCCACCCAAACCAUAUUUUCCCGUGUUCCACGUUUCAUUUAUGCCACACCCUGUGGCUGUAACUAGUUCGCUCACGACCAUGUCGACCGACGCGACCAAAAUUCGCAAAAAAAUCGCGAGAUUGAAUAAACAUCUCGAUGAGCUCGAAUCCCAGCUCGAGCCUCUCUUUUCCCAGUCCCUCACCGAGACGCUGGUCAGACUGGACACGGUCCAACAGGCAAAGAUGCAGGUCAUCAUUCCGUAUGUGGUGUAUGAUCUCGUGUUUGUUUUCCUGAAAGCUCGUGGCAUUGACCCGAUGACGCAUCCGAUCGUUCGCGAACUCGACCGCGUGCGCGUAUACUUUGACAAGAUCAAAGACGCUGAAGAGUCCAACCAGAAACGGAAACUCGGCCUUGACAAAGAAGCAGCGGAAAGAUUCAUAAAACACGCCAUCGCACAAGCAACGAACGUAACGUCGGUUGAGAAUGAACGAGACGAUGAAUCUAUGGAUGCGGUUGUCGCACCUAUUCCCGGUCCAAGCACCAGCGUACUAGAGCGUGUCCCAGUCAAAAUCACCAGCAAGAUGCUCGAACGUGCGGAGUACGAGCGGAAUCUGCAGGAGCUGGGUGAUGAUGAAGAAGAGGAACUAGAAGUUUUCGGCGAAAUACUGGCAGAAGAUUACUCUAUGGAAGGUACGCCAGAUGGACUGGAGUUGAAGCCCGCGAUGGGGACGCUGCUAGUCGACAAAGGUAAGCACAAGAUGAAGGAAGAACUCAAUCAGGUGGAUCAAGUUUCGACCUCGUCCCGUAAAAAACGGCCACGUAUCGACUCAGUCGCGGGUACGUGUCCCUUAUUAUCCCUCUUUUCUUUGAUCACGGUGGUGACAGUUUCUUGCCGAUAGGCUACGAAGGCAUUUCGUCGAC